AAGAGCUACCCUUGAAGAAGGUUCGAGCGGAGCAAAAUGUUGCAAUAUUAAUUGGUGUAUGCCAUUGAAGCGAAGCUAAUUGGUGUUUGCUAUUGAAGUGAUGCUAUUGAAGAAAGAACAUGGCCCCUCCAGUACUGAAAAAUCUGCACAAGCGGCAACCAUAAAUGCAAGGCUGAUGAGCUGGCCAGCUCGUCGCUCUUAAGCCGGUUCCGCUGACGUCUCGCCGCCGCCGCGUCUAGCGCCGCUGCUCCUGCCGCAGAAAUCCGGAUGGGAGAGUCACUAUGGACGUGCAAUUCGCGCCGCUGAGAUCGUGGGACGAUUUCAUCCCGGGCCACGACCGCUUCGCGGUGCCGGAUUUCAAAGAUAUCUACAAAUGGAACAACCGGGUGGUCAGCAACUUGCUCUAUUAUCAGACCAAUUACCUCGUGGUGGCGGCCACGGUGUUUUCCAUCGUGGGAUUCCUGAAUCCACUGAAAAUGCUGCUUGGCAUGGUUGUAGUGAUCCUGGUCUUCGCAGCAUUCGUGUAUGCUUCCCACAACAAAGACGUCAUUCGCAAGUUUAAGAAGCACUACCCUGCUGCGUUUGUCAUAGCAGUUAUGUUGUUGAGCUACUUCCUGAUAUCCUUUUACGGCGGAGUCAUGGUGUUUCUGUUUGGAAUCACAUUUCCUUUGUUCCUGAUGUUUCUUCAUGCAUCCCUGAGGCUUCGAAAUAUAAAGAACAAACUGGAGAACAAGAUGGAAAGCAUUGGCUUAAAGAAGACUCCCAUGGGCAUUAUCCUGGAUCUUCUUGAACAACAAGAAGAAACCAUCUCCAAACUAGCUGAUCGCCUGGCUAAAGUGAAUGAUUAAACAUGCAGCCUGCAUGGGGAAUUUGUUCAUUUUGUCCAACAUCAUUUCUCAGUCUGUGAGCAGAAGCUGAUGCAGACUGUCAAAGUGAAGUAUGGCAAAAUAAAGCACCCCAACUCUUCUGGGUGUCCUCUGCACAGGGUGGUAGUAACCUGUUUAUAACCUGUUGAAGUGUCUGAGAUACAAAUGCAUUGGGUAAUUCAUAGCACUCACUCAUGUGGAAAUGUAGACUUGACUUCUUUCAGACUCUCUUAUCUAUAUGUUAGCAUUUUCCAAACUGCAUAUUUUGUGGCACUGCAUUAAAUGCACAGUAUUCUUUUUAUCUUCAAGCAACAUAACUGGUGUGAUGCUGCACAUAUCCAAACUACUAUUCUCGAGUGUGAAAAUAAAUCCAUUUUAUGUACAUCCUGAUGCACCUUUUGAGUGGGAUGUGGUUUCCCUAUGGAGAAAUAGAGACCUGCAAUUAGAAGUAUGAUAUGUCCAUUUUGUUGUGAGAAAUUUGAAUCCUCCUAUUUACUAGCUGAAACCCUUUUUUUUUUU